GCGCCGGUGGCGGGGCGGGAAGCCGGGCGGGCAGCCUCAGGUGGGGCUGCUGGCAGCGAGGGACCCAGCCCGGGAGCCCCCCAGGAUGCCCCGCGGAGACUCGGAGCAGGUGCGCUACUGCGCGCGCCUCUCCUAUCUCUGGCUCAAGUUCUCGCUCGUCAUCUACUCCACGGUGUUCUGGCUGAUCGGGGGCCUGGUCCUGUCAGUGGGGGUCUAUGCAGAGGUCGAGAGGCAGAAAUACAAAACCCUGGAAAGUGCGUUUCUGGCCCCGGCCAUCAUCCUCAUCCUCCUGGGGGUUGUAAUGUUCAUCGUGUCCUUCAUCGGCGUGCUGGCUUCCCUUCGCGACAACCUGUGCCUUCUCCAAGCGUUUAUGUACAUCCUUGGGAUUUGCCUCAUAAUCGAGCUCAUUGGUGGCGUGGUGGCCUUGAUCUUCCGGAACCAGACCAUCGACUUUCUGAAUGACAACAUUCGAAGAGGAAUCGAGAACUACUAUGACGAUCUGGACUUCAAAAACAUCAUGGACUUUGUUCAGAAGGAGAUGUGUCCCAUAUGGGCAGGGCUGUGGUGCUUUUGCUCCCCCUUGUCUCUCUGGCACACAGAACAAUGCCCGGCACGCACCAGCAUCUCAGUGGAUUUAAGUGCUGUGGUGGAGAAGACUACCGAGAUUGGAGCAAAAACCAGUACCACGACUGCAAUGCCCCCGGACCCCUGGCCUGCGGGGUGCCCUACACCUGCUGCUUCAGAAACACGACAGAAGUUGUCAACACCAUGUGUGGCUACAGAACUAUUGACAAGGAGGGAACGGUACCGCCUGCUGAGACCCAGUGACCUAGAGCCACCUUCUCAUCACAUUGUAUACGAGAAACUGAGGCCCAGAGAGGCUGAGGGACUCGCCUGGACCUGGGGUGAGUGGCAGAGUUGGGACCAGGGCUCCCAGGCGAGUGCUCAGCCAGACUCCUCCCCGGCAGCGCCUCAGCGUGCAGAACGUCAUCUACGUGCGGGGCUGCACCAACGCCGUGCUCAUCUGGUUCAUGGACAACUACACCAUCAUGGCGGGCCUCCUGCUAGGCAUCCUGCUCCCUCAGUUCCUGGGGGUGCUGCUGACAUUCCUGUACAUCACCCGGGUGGAGGACAUCAUCAUGGAGCACUCUGUCACCGACGGACUCCUGGGCCCCGGCACCAAACCCAGCGUGGAGGCAGCAGGCACGGGGUGCUGCAUGUGCUACCCCAAUUAGGGCUGUGGCCUGGGGCGGCAGCUCCAGAAGGACCGUGACAGGACAGCUCUGCCCAGGCCACGUCGUGCGGGCCGGAUAGGACUGUGGCCCCUCUCUCCACAUUCGGCGCUGACCAAAGCCCCGGCUGUGUUUGCUCAGGGCUCCCAGGCCUCCGUCUGUCUUGGGGGGCGGAGCCCCUCCCCAGUGGUGGAAUUCUGUGCGUGCCCACCCUGCUGGGCGUGGGGAACAGGGCACCCCUCCUCCAGGUUCCGGCUGCUGGGGAAGGGGGAGCUUGGCGCGGGGCUCCAGACCCAUUUCAUUUCUGGUAGUGCCUUGGCCGUGGUGUUUGUGCCCCUUUGAGGGCAGUUUUGUAGUGAUUUGUAAUCAGGGAGGGAGGAGAGCCUGUGUGCCCCGAGGUGAAGGAGCAGAGGGGAGGGGUGCAGCCCCCAGGCCCCAGUCCUUCGGCCUCACCCCUGAGGCCACGUUGGGCCCGUUUCUCAGCCUCCCGGGUACCUUGAGCCCUCCACAGGGCUGCUGCUUUGUUGAUCCUGUUUUGUACCUGAUUUUUAUAACAUUCAUUUUGUACACAGUUAACAGGAGUUUCCGACUAAUCAAAGCUAGCUGUUCCCCCCAUUCCUCUUCCCCUACCAAGCCAGUUUAUUAACCAGACAAUAAAGACAUGAUUUUUUUUUU